AUGGAUUUCAAGAGCUUUGGCAAGAACCUCUCCGAUUUUGGAGCGCAAAUCACACCCUUUGCGUCACGCACCUUUCAGUUCACCAAAGAACAGUUCGGUCAGGCCGAGGACAAGACCCAGCUCCCACCAGACUAUAUAGACCUCGAAAAAAAGGUAGAUGCCUUGAAGCAAGCGCACCAAAAAAUGCUUGCCGUGACCUCGCAAUACUCGAACGAAGCCUACGACUACCCACCCAAUAUUAAGGAGACAUUCCAGGACCUUGGCCGCACCGUCAGCGAGAAGGUUUCUCUUCUUUCUUCCGCGACUACCACCGCAGAAGCACAGGCUGCCCUGGUUGCUCCUCCAAGUGCUAAGCCCCAGCCCAAGACCUUUAGCCAUGCUGUCGCCCGCGCCAGUUUGACGAGCAGUCAGCUGCUGCAUCAGAAUCAUACGGGAGCUGGUGAGGAUCAAUUGGCCACUGCACUUGAGAAGUAUGCCAUCACAAUGGAGAGAGUUGGUGAAGCCCGCUUGGCGCAAGACUCCCAGAUCCAGAGCAGCUUUCUUGCUGGUUGGAAUACCACCUUGAACACUAAUCUCAGCUUUGCCACCCGUGCCAGAAAGAAUGUUGAGCGAUCAAGGCUUUCUCUUGAUGCUGUCAAGGCUCAUGCCAAGGGAACGACUUUCAAACUCGGACACGGUGGUUCUCGCCCCGAGCAACAUGAGGAGCAGGGACUGAGCCCUGAGGCCCAAGAGGAGAUUGAGAAAGCAGAGGACGAAUUUGUAACUCAGACUGAAGAAGCUGUCGGUGUCAUGAAGAAUGUCCUUAACUCUCCGGAGCCACUACGCAACCUUUCCGAGCUGAUUGCCGCCCAAAUCGAGUACCACAAGAAGGCAUACGAAGUUCUCAGUGAACUCGCUCCCGUUGUUGAUGGCCUACAAACGGAACAAGAAGCUAGCUAUCGAAAGAGCCGUGAAGAAGGCUCGUGA